CCUGGGUUAUAGGCGGAGGGAGAGAAAAGAGGGUUGAGUAGAGCAAAGCAGGCGCAGUGAAACACUGUGUUAGAAAAUACUUCACAAUCCAGGAUUGGACAAAAAAGUCAUGAUGAAGUCAUUUUGCCUGUUGCUGCUGCUUGCUAGUUUUGCUGCUUCGGUCCCUGUGGAGUCCUCAGAGUACACCACCCUGCCCUCCCAGGGCCUUGCCUUAGCACCAAACCCAACCGAGGCAAAGUCGCGCUUUGCCAUGCUGGAUGAUGUUCGUCUCCUCGCCAACGGCCUCCUUCAGCUAGGCCAGAGUUUAAGGGAGUUUGUCCAGAAGACCAAGGGCCAAAUCAAUGACAUCUUCCAGAAGUUGAACAUUUUCGACCGCUCAUUCUACCAGCUCUCAGUGGUCACGUCUGAGAUCAAGGAGGAAGAGGAAGAGCUGAAGAAGACCACAAAUUUCUUGAAGGCCAACAAUGAGGAGAUCAGGAACCUGUCACUGGAAAUCAACUCUAAGAUCAACGGCAUCCUUCAGGAGCGCAUGCAGCUCCAGACUAAGGUGGGGAGCCUUGAGGAGCGGCUGAAGGGACUGUCAGAGAGCAUUAUCCCUGCUGAUCAGCUCAGUGAAAUCACAACGCUCAAGGAAGUGAUUGAAUCUCAAGAGAAAACAAUCACCAAUCUGCUGAAAGCCGUGAAGGAGCAGCACGAUCAGCUUGACAACCAGAAAACCAAGAUCAAAAACCUGGAGGAAAAGCUAAGCUAUGACAGCUUUCAAGAUACACUCGAUAAGCCAGUGGAUUCAGACCCUGCAGCUGCUAUUAUGUUUGAAUAUCUGACAGGAAACUUAACUGACCUGGAUGCAAAUGACCUUCCCAGGGACUGCAGUGAGUUAUUUAAUAAAGGAGAGGCAAACAGUGGAAUCUAUGUCAUCAAGCCAAACCAGUCUGAGCCAUUCAAUGUUUACUGUGAAAUGAAUUCAGAUGGGGGUUCAACUGUCAUCCAGCGUAGGGUUGAUGAUGCAGUGGAUUUUGACCAGACCUGGGACAAGUAUGAGGAAGGCUUUGGAAAUCUGGAAAAGAGCUUCUGGCUAGGCUUAAAGAAGAUCCACAGCUUUACUCAGCAGGGAGCUUACAUCCUGCGUAUUGAUUUGGAGGACUGGAAGGAUGGAAAGCACUGGGUCGAGUACUGCUUCUCACUAGAGGGUCCCUCCGAGGCCUACACCCUUCAUGUCAGCCACUUAUCUGGUGACCUGCCUGAUACCCUGGCCAACAGCACUGGCAUAAGAUUCUCCACAAAAGACAGAAAUUAUGGGAACCAUCAAAACUCCAACUGUGCUCGCAGUUGCACAGGUGGUUGGUGGUUCAAUGCUUGUGGAGAGACCAAUCUCAAUGGAAGGUAUUUGUGGUUAAGAGCAAAGGGACGCUCUAUGAGAAGAAAGGGCAUUCACUGGAAGCCUGGCACAGGGCCCUCAUAUUCCCUCAAGAUGACCAAGAUCACCCUGCGACCAGCCCUGACUUCUGAAAGCUUCAACUGAACACGACAAGUCAUUACUUUUCUUAUAACACUAGGUCAUUUCUCACAAACACUCAUAAUAUCUAAAUGUAUAGCUGAAAAGGAGAGGAUGAAGUAACACAGAAAGUUUCGUACUUUAUAUGCACAUGAAAGUUGAUUGCUUCCUUACAGCAUUUUGUCAGAGGCUAGUGCUGACCGACAGAUAACAGACCAAAAAUGUCACUAAUGCUGAACUGUCGCAAUGAUGCAACAAUGCCACACAGGUCAUUAACCCACUGGGUCAAUGGGUCCAGCAAGGACAGUAGAAUCGUCAUUAUGCAACAUCAGCAAUCACUUACAAAAUGGACAUAUUGAUCCACAUCAUCAACCCGAUUAUGUGAAACUGUUGCAUGUUCCCAGGAGCUACAGGCACAAAUACCAACAUGUUAUUACAUAAAGCAUGCAAAUUAUGUAAGUCAGAGUUCAAGAGAAACACUGCAUCUCUGACAUCUCAAAAAGUGUCAAUACUGGGACUCUUGUCAUGUUUUUCCUGGUAUGUCACUCUUCUCUAUUCUUAGUUUCAUGGAAUACUAUCUUUAAAGUGGGGGCAAUAUCAGCAGUCAAACACAGUACAAAAAAAACUGAUACAAAGCUCUGGCAGCACACUGAUGAAGUUUUUCCCUUUUGUUUGUUCUAUUUUUUUUACUCUGUAAAGUAUUUAAACCAUGUUCAUGCUAUCUGAUUUAUGCUGGUAUUGUUAGAAAAAAGGAAUUUCUGUAUAUUUCCUAUGUUAUUGAGUCAUAUUGACUCUUUUCCUUUGUUACAAUAUAACUAACCUCAGUGUAAAUAUGCAACAUACUAACACAUCACCCUGACAGUAGCUAUGUGCUCUGACAAAUCAUAUUUAUGAUGCCAAAUAAAAAUCUUGACCAAA